AGAGUUAUCCAUAGUAAACGGGUAUUUUGUUGAGUCAGCGGUGCUCACACGUGCAGGCAACAGCAGCUUUGCAUGUGAUCAAGCAGACGACGGGCACCAGUUCGGGCUAACGCUUGCCGGCAACGUAGAACGGGUUUCCGAGUAAGUUGAACAACAUCAGAUAAAGCAUGUCUCUCAGACUGUGUGUGAGAUUAGCAAGGAGGUCAGUCCCUCUGCUUCGACCACAAGUUGGCAUCAGCGAGGAGAUGGGACGGUUAUGUCGCAGCUUGAGUACAUCCCAUUCACAUAAAGCAGAGAAGAAGCUGUUCACACCUGGCCCGCUGGGCACGUCGCUGACGGUCAGACAGGCCAUGCUGCAGGACUUGGGCUCUCGGGAUGUCAACUUCAUCAACGUCAUCAAGAAGAUCCGAGCAGACCUGCUCAACAUAGCAGAGGUGUCUCCUUCAGAGUUCACGUCAGUCUUACUUCAGGGAAGUGGAACAUUUGCUGUGGAGUCCAUCUUCCAGACAACUGUCCCUCACACAGGGGCCAAGGUGCUGAUCCUGGAGAAUGGUGUGUAUGGGCGGAGGAUGAAGACAAUCUGUGACACACUGGCCAUCCCGGCUCACAUGGAGAGCUUCCCUGAAGACAGCAGGGUGGACCUGGGCCGUGUAGAGAGUGUCCUAAAGGGAGACAUCUCCUUUACUCAUGUCGCAAUUGUGCAGUGCGAAACAACCUCUGGACUCUUCAACGAUGUAGAGAGUGUUGGGAAACUUGUGAAGAAAUACGUUCCUUCUUGCACCUACUUUGUGGAUGCCAUGAGCAGCUUUGGGGCAGUUCCAGUUGACUUCAGCACGGGCAACAUUGAUGUCUUGGUCAGCUCUGCCAACAAGUGUCUGCAGGGGGUCCCAGGUUUUGGGUUUGCAGUCAUCAGGAAGGACACGCUCAGUCGGUGCAAGGGCAACUCUCGGAGUCUGAGUCUGGACUUGUAUGACCAGUGUGAUGCUCUGGACAAGACCAGUCAGUUCCGGUUCACUCCGGCCACACACACAAUGCUGGCGUUCAGUCAGGCCCUGGAUGAGUUUCGGCAAGAAGGGGGAGUCCAUGGCCGCAGACAGAGAUACACAGAAAACUGCAGGGUCCUACGUGAAGGAAUGACACGUCUUGGCUUCCGUCCAUAUUUGAAGGACGACGUUGCUGGCUACAUUAUCACUUCCUACUUCUACCCGCAACAUCCCAACUUCUCCUUUCCAGAGUUCUACAGACGCCUAAAUGACAAAGAUGAUGUGAUUUACCCAGGCAAGUUGCUCAAAGCAGACUGUUUUCGUAUUGGAACAAUCGGGCAUUUGUUUCCAGAAGAUGUUGAACGACUGUUGAGGAAUAUAGAAGUUGUAUGUAGGGAUAUGGGCAUGCAAGUCCCCCUGGAGAACUAGACGUUGCGAUGACAACCAUCUACUGGCACCAAGGGGAAAUGUCUGCAUGUAGAUGACACUUUCUGUGGGCAUUAUGUAUUUGUAUGUCUUUGUGCCAACUAUUGUCAUUCUGUUAUUACAGAGAUAUUUCUGUGCCUCUUUGUACCUAGAAUUGUCCAUCAGUUCUAUAAGGGUGCAUGCGUGUCUUUGUACCAAGUUGUAUUCAUGGCUCACUUGUGUAUAUAUCAACUUGUUCUUGUUUCUAUAUGGCUGAAAAAUGCCAAUGUGAUGUUAAGUAUUAACUCACUCACUCACUCUCUCACCCAAAAUUGGUAAGGCUAUUAAUAUGAUCACAGGGGUGGAGGGGUAGCCAUACAUGUGGGCUUCAAUUGGGUGUUCACUUGGAUGUUUUCAGGGUGUACAACUUUGUAAAUUGUAGCUUAUUGCCAUUGAACAUGUUUGUUGAAUCAACCAGUGGCACACUGAUGCUGUCUCCUCUGUGGCCUGGUAGAGGUGGCACUAUGUCCAAGCCAAACCUGGUAGAGGUGGCUCUAUGUCCCAGCCGAACCUGGUAGAGGUGGCUCUAUGUCCCAGCCAAACCUGGAAGACAAGGCUCUAUGUUCCAGUCAAACCUGGUAGAGGUGGCUCUAUGUCCCAGCCAAACCUGGAAGACAAGGCUCUAUGUCCCAGCCAAACCUGGUAGAGGUGGCUCUAUGUCCCAGUCAAACCUGGUAGAGGUGGCUCUAGGUCCCAGCCAAACCUGGUAGAGGUGGCUCUAUGUCCCAGCCCAACCUGGUAGAGGUGGCUCUAUGUCCCAGCCAAACCUGGUAGAGGUGGCUCUAUGUCCCAGCCAAACCUGGUAGAGAUGGCUCUAUGUCCCAGCCAAACCUGGUAGAGAUGGCUCUAUGUCCCAGCCAAACCUGGUAGACAAGGCUCUAUGUCCCAGCCAAACCUGGUAGAGAUGGCUCUAUGUCCCAGCCAAACCUGGUAGAGGUGGCUCUAUGUCCCAGCCAAACCUGGUAGAGAUGGCUCUAUGUCCCAGCCAAACCUGGUAGAGGUGGCUCUAUGUCCCAGCCAAACCUGGUAGACAAGGCUCUAUGUCCCAGCCAAACCUGGUAGAGGUGGCUCUAUGUCCCAGCCAAACCUGGUAGACAAGGCUCUAUGUCCCAGCCAAACCUGGUAGACAAGGCUCUAUGUCCCAGCCAAACCUGGUAGACAAGGCUCUAUGUCCCAGCCAAACCUGGUAGACAAGGCUCUAUCUCCCAGCCAAACCUGGUAGACAAGGCUCUAUGUCCCAGCCAAACCUGGUAGACAAGGCUCUAUCUCCCAGCCAAACCUGGUAGACAAGGCUCUAUGUCCCAGCCAAACCUGGUAGACAAGGCUCUAUGUUCAAGGCAAGCUUUACUACAAGUAUUCAGUACUUGUCUAUCAAUCUUUCUGUAAAAUGGUUUAAUGUUAGAUGAGGGCAAAGAUUAAACCGGAACAUCAGUUACCAGCAUGUCUGUUACAUGAUAUGUUGUUUUCCUAAGAAGCAAGACACAAUUUGUUUCUAUGGUAACUGACGAGUUUGCCAUAUGCAAAUCCCCUUCAGGGAAGGAUGAGUCAGGGAACUAUACUUUCUGCCAUGUGAAGGCAAAUAGAUUGCAUCAGUUUAAAAGGUGGUCGGCAGUUUUAUUUUAUGGGUUGCCCACUUGGAGAUUAUGGUUGUGGUAUGGAGCAUGUGGACGACACAGGAUUUCACCUGGUUGAUUGUGUGAGUGUGUUCACUGAUGAUGUGGAUGACACAGGAUUUCACCUGGUUGAUUGUGUGAGUGUGGUCACUGUUGAUGUGGACGACACAGGAUUUCACCUGGUUGAUUGUGUGUGAGUGUGUUCACUGAUGAUGUGGACGACACAGGAUUUCACCUGGUUGAUUGUGUGUGAGUGUAUGUUGAUGAUAUGGAUCGCUGCUCAUGCUGUCAACCACUGGGUUGCUUUGCCCAGACGCAAAUAUUGUUGUAAUACAACAUCCAGUAUGGAGUUUUAAGGAAUCAUGUCAUAAUUUUCAGUUCUUCAUGAAGCAAAGAUCAUGUUGUUUUUUCCAUUAUUGUAUAAUCAGUCUUUAUUUCUUUGAAAUAAAUAUUCAUGUUUGCAUUAUAUGAUUGUUAUACAGAAUCAUAUUUUCUACAAAUUUAAUGUCAUUGAAUAUUAAUGAUUUAUUAAAUAUUUACAACUUUUUCCUACAA